AUGGAUGGAAAGAAUCAAAAGAUGGGUGACCAAUUCAAGGGCUUUGUUCCCAUUCACACAAUAUUUUACGCCGUGUUUCAUCCGACGGAAGGUACAAAGGUGCGUUUUGAGUUCCCCCCUGGAAAUUUGGAGAACCAUAAUAUCAAUUUCGAUACCAUCAAGAAUUACAUUAUACCUAAACCGCAGCUUUGCCACAAACUUCUGACUCUGAAGUAUAAAAAUUAUCGCAUUGCAUCUUAUCCAGUGACCGUCAAUUCAGCCAUAUAUGCUAGGAACUUCUUCAGCUUCAAUUUCGUAUUUGUAUUUCAGUACGAUUGCGAGACGUCACCAUAUGAGCCUGCAAUUGCCAGACUGGGGAAGAUGUUCAAAGUUCUGGAGGAGCAGAAUUUGAUUCUGUCAAAGGCGGAGAAAGAUCCUGUGUUUUACCAGAACAGUCCGGAAGGAGUCACUCAAGAUGGCAAAUCCAAUUCAGAGAAAGGGACUGUGAAGCUGCCGAAGGUCCAGAAUAAUGUUCGGAGCGAAUACGAACAAGUCACCGAGGGCAGCUUUUCGCUGCACGACCUGGUUUUAAGAGUAUAUCAAGAUCUUAACAAUUAUUCCGAAUGUUUAAUACCGAUUGAUGAUGGAAAUGCGGUAGAUAUCAAGAUAUUUCCACUGAUGACCCCGCCCCAAUCGAAUGUUUCAAUUGAGGAUGUCCCAGUAUCCACUGUUAACCUAAAGAAAGUCAUCGAUCUCAAUUGGGAUCCUACAAUGUUAAAAAUAGUGCCGUUCAUUGAUGGGCUGAACUGCGUCUCCAAAAUCGCAAAACUUAGUAACAGCUCUCCAGAUCUAGUGAUGGAAUGCGUGAAGCAUCUUAUUUACUACGACUGUGUCUUUCUGGCUGAUAUUUUCCAGUUUUCGAAUAUUUAUGCACCGACAAGCUUACUGCGAUGUUUUCUGACUGAUCUCGCUCUUGCGACAGAGUGUCAGUCUCACGUCGUGUGCGAAGAAAGUUCUCUGCUUCCCUCGGUUCCUUUCGACAGAGGGGAGAGCUUAGACUCAGAGCAUUCAGACCACGAUUUUUCCGGAUUGCAUUCCAUUAACAGAAGCCUUGGAUCGCUUAAAAACUCCAUGAGCUCUAAAAGCGCAAUUUCAUCUCACCGACAUAAGCAAUCGGUAUCAUCAGCAUCGGAAGCAUCACUAUGCAAAAGUGGGAAGCAUUCACAAGGCAGCUUUUCUAGCAACAACACAAAUUCGUCCAAUAUACUUCCCAGGUACCUACCGACUAGGUCAUGUUUGUUCGACCUAUACAGAUCGCUCAGUCAAGGUGUAACGGUGAAGGAGUGGUACGCCGCGAACUGCAAUACGAUUCGGCACAAUCGCAUCGACAUUAGACGCUUUAUAUCAUUCGGAGUUAUGAAGGGCUUGAUUUAUCGAUGCCAUUCGUAUCCCGUCAUUAAGAAACUGGACAUUUUUGAUUUAGCCAAGAAUUCAAGCUUGGAUGCAGGCCUGAGCUCAAAUUCAAGCAAUGUCAAGCGCGGUAAGAACAAAAAUCGUUCAAAUAACAUUUUUUCCACGUCUGAUAUAAGGUUCGGAGCGGAAGAAGAUGAUGGAACAAAGAAGCAUCGAAACGCACUUGACUCUGAAAUAGCGGAUCAGGUGUUGAAGAAUGUAUACAAGAAACUAUCAGCGGUGGACACUUCAGACUCAAAAAACGGUAUUGCGAAUUUGAUGAAACGCUUAGACGCACAGAGAUCUUCUGCAACCGCUCCAAGCAACUCUAUCAGUAAUCUUUACCGGUUGAGAAACUCCGAGCGCCCAUCCAGGGUAUCAUUCGACAAACAGCAAGAGGAUAGGAAAUCAGGCAAAAACUUAACAUCGGCAGAUGAAAAGAGUAAAGAAGAAGAAUUUGCGGAUCACGUAGCGAGAAGACAGAGGGAUAUACUCUUGCUUAGGUCCAUUGAAGCAGCAGAUAACCUAGAUAAGAUAUGCGUCGAGCUGGAAAUGCCCAGGAGUCAGGUCGAGGAUCUUCUAAAAAUAUUGGGGGACUACAAAAUUGUUAAUAGCUGA